AUGUUAGAUAAAGGUGAUUCGUCAAUCAAAAAUCAAAUCAAUUCAACAAGCCUCUCAAAUUACGAUAGUAAAAACGAGUGGAAAUGCGGUGGGAACACUAAACUAUUGCACAACAGCAAUUAUCUUAAAAUUAUAAGAGAAAGGAAAAAGAAUAAAAUCAAAGCCAACUUGAGGGAUUCACGAUAUAACAUAGUGGAUCAGUGCAUUAGAGAGGCAGGAUUCACGGUAAUUAAUAAUGAUGAUAUCAAUGACGCAUAUUUAAUAUGGAGCGAUAACUUUUUGUCUUUGGAGAGGAUUAUGAAAUUGGAGCCGUAUCAACGUGCCAAUCACUUUCCUGGUAUGAUUGAAAUAUGUCGCAAGGAUCUGCUUACCAAAAAUUUCUCAAGAAUGCAGAAGGCUAAACCAGACGAAUACAAUUUCAUGCCAAAUACAUGGAUCCUACCACAAGAAUAUGGAUACUUUUCAAAUUAUGCAAGAAAAUUAUAUCGACAAGGGUGUAAUCCAUGUUUUAUACAAAAACCAGCUAAUGGAGCUAUGGGACACGGAAUUCAUUUAUAUUGUGAUAUGAAUAAAAUAUCAGGAAAUAUAAAUGAUGGCAUAAUAAGUGUUAUCCAAGAAUAUAUUGAACAUCCAUUACUUAUUGACGGAUAUAAAUGUGAUCUAAGAGUUUAUGUUCUAGUUACAUCAUGUGACCCAUUAAAAAUUUUCAUAUAUAAUGAAGGUUUAGUACGUUUAAGCGCUGAGAAAUAUAUUAAACCAAGUGAACCAAAUGGAGAUUCCAUUUAUCGACAAUUAACUAAUUAUUCUAUAAAUAAACAUCAUAUUGAAUAUCAUCGUUCCCCUGAUGAUAUCUCGGGUAGUAAACGUUCAUUUACAUUUUUCAAUCAUUAUAUACAAAAAGUGAAACAAUCUAAUCCAUAUAUUAUUUGGGAUAAAAUAUAUGAUUUAAUUAUUAAGACAAUAAUUAUAGCAUUACCCCAUCUAAUGCAUUUCUAUCGUAUCUCAAGGCAUCAAUCAUCAAAUCAGAAUCAUACUACUACUACUAAUAAUAAUAGUAGUAAUAAUAGUAAUAAUAAUAAGCACAGUUCCAAACAGUCUGGAUACCAUCAAGGUAAACAAUAUUCAACAAUGAAUAAUAAACAAUCCAUGCUCAAUAAUCAUCCUAAACAAUCAUCUAAGACAAUGUCAACAUUAACAUCGUUUAUACCAUCAACUAUACACAAAUCUAAAGUAUUCAAUAUGAAUUCUAAUAAAACAUCAUUUAUGUAUUCAAAUUUAUUUGAAAUUUUAGGUUUUGAUAUAUUAAUUGAUGAACAAUUAAAUCCAUGGUUAAUUGAAGUGAAUCGUUCACCAAGUUUUAAUAUAGAUCAACAAUUAGAUAAACAAAUUAAAUAUAAUUUAUUAACCGAUACAAUUCGUUUAUUGAAUAUUAGACCAUCAGAUAAAUCUCGUGUAGAAAAACAACAAAAGUUAACCACAAGGAAACGUUUAUACAAUAGUCACUCUGUACAAACACAAAAUUGGAUGUAUAAAUCAGAUCUCAAUAUUCGAAAUGAUAAGAUUCAUAAACAUAUCGACAAGAAUCGAUCGUCCAUCAAAAAACAUACAAACCAUGAAUUGUUUCAUCGUGAUAAUGUCAAUUUAAAAACAAAUCACCAAUCACCUUUCGCAUAUCAAUUGGAUAUUGAUUAUUUAAAAUUGAUGAAUGAUCAAGAUCAGAUGGAGGGUAAAAAGCUAAGUUUAAAAAUUGAUCAUUUAAAACAACAAUUACAUGGAAUACGUCAACAAUUAUCAAUGGAAUUUUAUGAACAUCAUAAUUGUGGUAAUUGGCAUCGAAUAUUUCCAUCUAAUAAUUCAAAAUUACAAACAAAAUAUGCAUCAUUAAUUAUGACAAGUUUUAAACAAUUCUUACAUAGUAAUCAAAACGAUCUGUUGAAUGAAAUAAAAACUACUUAUUUAAAUCCAAUAACUGAAGAUGAUAUCUAUGAUGAAUUGUCAAAAUUAAUAAAACAGGAAUCAAAAUUGAAGCCUGGAAUAAAUGUUGAGCAGUAUUUGACUUCAGUUUGGUCACAUUGUGUAGAUAUCCGUGACACAAGUGAUAACAAUGAUUCUUCUUCUCUUGAGGAUGAUGAUAUACACAAUGGAGGUAACUUUGUUCAUAACAAUCUCAAUGAAAAUUACCACUCUUCAUACACAAAACAUAAUGAAAAUUCUACAAACCGAAUUUAUUUACAAAAUGAUUAUUUUAUUAAAUCAUCAAUAGAUAGAAAAAUGAAAAGUAUGCCAACAUUGUCAAUAUUACCACCGUCAAAUCAUAUGCAUUUUAAUGGUGCUAAUUUGAAACUAAAUUCGGCUCCAGUAUCUCCAUGUAAAUUCUUAUCAAAUGAAAAUCGUAAUGUAACGAAACAGAUGAUAGAUAAGCUAUCACUUGGCAAGAAAUGGAAAUCAUUGGACAUUGAACGAAAUUUAAAACAUGCAAACAAACGAAUACAAACUAAUGAUAAUAAUAAUAAUACUAUCGCUCAGGUAUCGUUUCGCCCUACUAACCAAAAUAGUGGUCAUGAUAAUACUCAACUCGUUGGUGACAUUGGUGAUAAUCAAAGUUCAAUGGGUUAUGUUGAUUCGACCAAUAAACAUUUGUCGUGCACUACUAGAUCGGAUCAGAAGAAAGCAAGUAAUUCAAAGUCAAUAGCAAAUAUCAAAUUAGGUAAACAUGAAAUGAAUGUUCUGUUAGAUUUCAAUGACAUAACUAACAAUUUACAUAAUUUCAAAUUAUCAUCAUCUCAUCUCAUAAACAAUAAAGAUGAUUAUUUAUAUAAAUCAUCUAUGAAUGAUCAAUUUAUACCAAAACAAUUAUGUUUAUUACCAAUUAUACAUUGGAAUUAUUGUACAUUGAAUGAAAUUGUACCAUCAUUAUUUAAAAAGCAAUUUAAUCAAUCUAUUAUAAUUAGUAGUAUAAAACAACAAUUAAUUAAUUAUUUAAAUAAAUUUGAAAAUAUGAUAAAAAAUCAAAUUAAUUUAAUUAAUUAUUAUUUAUUAAUUAAUUUAUUCAAUAAUCAAUUAUCUAAUAAAUCAAUGUAUUUUAAUAAAUUAGAUCAAUUAAAUAGUAGAUCAUUAAAUAAAGAAGAUUUAUUAGAUUAUUUCAAUGUUCAAUGUUUUAAUAAAAAAAGAAUGAUUAUAUAUCAACAUGAUGAGUGGAUACAAUUAAUGAUACAGAAUUGUUUAAAUUCAUUAAAUUUAAUGAAAAUUAAAAUUCAAUUAGAAGGUGAUUAUUUGCCCAAUGAAGACAUAUGUAAACAAUUUGAAAAUGGUUUAAUGAAUAAAUUUAUUCGUGGUUUACGAAUAACACGUUUAUUAAAUCGAAUCAAAAGUCGACUAUUAAUAAAUCAUGGUUAUUUAUUGAAAAGUAUAAUUCAAAUGAUACCGAAUCUAUCAAUAGUGAAUGAAACAAUAAUGGAGAUGCCCAUGAAAUAUUUACUUACUGAACCAUUGUUAAAUGUUGAAGAAUUAUGUUGUAAACAUUUUCUUAGACUUUGUAUAGAAUCUUUUAUUUUAGAUUAUUUGAAAUAUUUAGAUGGAUUAAUCAAAACUACUGAUAACAAUGAGGAUAGUAUACAUUUCAAAAAGAUUACUUAA